AGUGUCCUAAUAAAGGGAACUCGGAGAUGUCCUUGCCCCUUCCACCAUGUGAGAACACAUCAAGAAGACAGCCAUCUAUCAACCAGGAAGUGGGCUGUCACCAGACACCGAAUUUGAAGGUGCCUUGAUCCUGGACUUCCAGCCUCCAGAACUGUGAGUACAAGUGGCCUUAUAAUAAAGGCAGAGGAAGAUUUGGCACAGACACAAAGAAGAGAAGGUGAUGUGAAAACGGGACAGAAAGAGAUUUCUGGAAAUACUGAUCUUGAAUAUUGGAGUGAAGCAGCCACAAGCCAAGGAAUGCCAGCCCCUGUCAGAACAUGGAAGAUGCAAGGAAUGGAUGCUCUUGUGCAGAACCUUAAGGACUUCAGCACCUAAGACAGCUCCAAAACAAACCAGAACAGUCAGCUCCGGGGGAGCACGACUGGGCGAGAGGCACAGAAAUGGACACCAGAAAUAAGGCCCAGCUCCUUGUGCUUCUGACCCUUCUCAGUGUGCUCUCCUCGCAGACAUCGGCAUGGCCUCUUUACAGGGCACCUUCUGCUCUCAGGUUGGGUGACAGAAUACCCUUUGAGGGAGCAAAUGAACCUGAUCAAGUUUCAUUAAAAGAAGACAUUGACAUCUUGCAAAAUGCAUUAGCUGAAAAUGACACACCCUAUUAUGAUGUAUCCAGAAAUGCCAGGCAUGCUGAUGGAGUUUUCACCAGUGACUUCAGUAAACUCUUGGGUCAACUUUCUGCCAAAAAGUACCUUGAGUCUCUUAUGGGAAAACGUGUUAGUAACAUCUCAGAAGACCCUGUACCAGUCAAACGUCACUCAGAUGCAGUCUUCACAGACAACUAUACCCGCCUUAGAAAACAAAUGGCUGUAAAGAAAUAUUUGAACUCAAUUCUGAAUGGAAAGAGGAGCAGUGAGGGAGAAUCUCCUGACUUUCCAGAAGAGUUAGAAAAAUGAUGAAAAAGCCCUUUGGAGCAAAGCUGAUGACAACUUCACAGUGAAUUCUUGAAGGAAAACGAUACGCAACAUAAUUAAAUUUUGAGUUCUACAUAAGUAAUUCAAGAAAACAACUUCAAUAUCCAAGCCAAAUAAAAAUAUUGUGUUGUGAAGGUUGUGAUGUAUUCU